CGUCUCACUCUGACACGCUGACACCAUCAUCUCGCGCAUGUCAGACCAUGCAGUGUGAUAUGGGUCGCGGCAUGCAUCAUGUAUGCGACCGACGAUGAGGUGAGAUUGCGUUCCAUCCCAGUCGAGACCUUUAGUGCCAAUCGAGUAGUAAUAGCCUGUUACCGGUUAUAGGUCGCUCGGGAUUAUCGGGGUAACUUCCUCGAAUGCGUCGCGAAUCGGAGUUUCUGCUGUAAAUGCUAGAAAGGAAUAUGAGUGCGUAUUUUGAUUUGGCUGACCGUUCCCCUCCAGUGCCCGAGAUAAUCCCAAGUUCAUGAAGCAUUGUCGUUCUCCUGUCCAAGAACGAAUUCUCUCCACCGAACGGGUUCAGAUAUUCGACUGCCAUUUUUCCAGGGAUUAGCUGCAAACAUGGGAGACGUCAAGGAAAAGACAGACAAGCAAAAUGACGAACCAAAACAACAAUUCUACGAGCACGGCACCAGCCUCAUCGAGCACGUCUUCGGCAGCUUCAUCCACGUCUUCCGCCUGACCCCCGGCGAAACGCUCUCCAACGCAGUCACCCGCCACGAGCACUACCUAGCAUUAUGGAUGAAAGUGCACCGGGACCAAAAAGUGCUCGACGUCGGCUGUGGCAACGGGGGCCCGACACGAGAAAUCGCGCGAUUUCUCGAUAUAAACGUCGUGGGCGUCGAUCUGGAAGAACACCACAUCCAACACGCGAAGGCGUUCACCGCGGCAGCCAAGCUCUCCGACCGCGUGUCCUUCAUCGCCGCAGACUUCAUGAACAUGGGACUCGACGACGCCUCGUUUGAUGGCGCCUACGCUAUCGAGGCCACGGCCUACGCGCCGGACCUGAAAGCCGUCUACGCGGAGAUCUUCCGCGUGCUGAAACCUGGCGCUAGAUUCGCGGUCUACGAGCCCGUCCUGGCGAGUCGGUAUCGCGACGACGACCCUGAUCAUCAGCUGACAAGACGCACGUACGAGGGUGUCUUUGACGCCCCGCCGCUGCGGAAGGCAUCGGAGGCCGUGGAGGCCCUGAAGGGGGCAGGCUUCGAGGUCGAGGUCGCGGAGGAUCUGGCGGAGAGGCCGGGCGGGAUACCCUGGUAUUCGCCGAUUGAUGGGACGUACGGCAUGAUGGCGUCGGUGGGUGAUACGUUUGCGAAGAAUUAUUACUCGUUUCUGUUGAAUUCGUUCAAGUCCAGGGGGGUGCUGUAUUAUAUGACGGGGGCGCUGGAGCGGUUGAGGAUCUUGCCGGCUGGGACGAGGAGCGAGGCGGUGCAGGUUAUGCAGGCGAUGGAGGCGCUUUAUAUGGCGGGGAAGAAGGGGAUUGUGACGCCGAUGUUUUUGAUGGUGGGGAGGAAGCCGGAUCUUUAGAUCUAUUUGAGUGGUGUGUGCGUAAUGUUAUAUCAAUUUCAAGAUCUAGCAUGGCAGAGGUGGUAGUGCAGGAUGGUAGAGAAUGUGAGGCAAUAUCAG